CCUUCCUCCACUCCCCUAGUCACCUUCGCGUCAGCAAAACUGCCCCUCAGGGCGAGAGGUCUCGCUCUCUCUCGCAAAGGGUUAAUUUUCCGAUCGCACGAGGGGGAGGAGAUUUCCCUGUAGACAAGUAAAAAGGGUGAUGGACAAACGUGCGGGCACUAAGACCGCAAGGCAUUCAUUUCCUCCGACGGUGGAUGCGGACGCCGGGAGGAGGAGAGCCCCGGAGCGAGGAGCUGGGCGCCGUGGCACAGAGAACACGUAGCGACUCCGAAGAUCAGCCCCAAUGAACAUGUCAGUGUUGACUUUACAAGAAUAUGAAUUCGAAAAGCAGUUCAACGAGAAUGAAGCCAUCCAGUGGAUGCAAGAAAACUGGAAGAAAUCUUUCCUGUUUUCUGCUCUGUAUGCUGCCUUUAUCUUUGGUGGUCGGCACCUGAUGAACAAACGGGCGAAGUUUGAACUGAGGAAGCCAUUAGUGCUCUGGUCUCUGACCCUUGCAGUUUUCAGUAUAUUCGGUGCUCUUCGAACUGGUGCUUAUAUGGUGUACAUUUUGAUGACCAAAGGCCUGAAGCAGUCAGUUUGUGACCAGAGUUUUUACAAUGGACCUGUCAGCAAAUUCUGGGCUUAUGCAUUUGUGCUAAGCAAAGCACCCGAACUAGGAGAUACCAUAUUCAUUGUUCUGAGGAAGCAGAAGCUGAUCUUCCUGCACUGGUACCACCACAUCACUGUGCUCCUGUACUCCUGGUACUCCUACAAGGACAUGGUGGCCGGGGGUGGUUGGUUCAUGACCAUGAACUAUGGCGUGCACGCCGUCAUGUACUCUUACUAUGCCUUGCGAGCAGCCGGUUUCCGAGUUUCCCGGAAGUUUGCCAUGUUCAUCACCUUGUCCCAGAUCACUCAGAUGCUGAUGGGCUGUGUCAUUAACUACCUGGUCUUCUACUGGAUGCAGCAUGACCAGUGUCACUCUCACUUUCAGAACAUCUUCUGGUCCUCACUCAUGUACCUCAGCUACCUUGUGCUCUUCUGCCACUUCUUCUUUGAGGCCUACAUCGGCAAGAUGAGGAAAACAACGAAGGCCGAAUAGUGGUGGGACUGAGGAGGAAGCCAUAGCUCAGGGUCAUCAAGAAAAACAAUAGACAAAAGAAAAUGGCACAAGGAAUCACAUAUGGUGCAGCUAAAACAAAACAAAACACAUGAGCAAACACAAAACCCAAGGCAGCUUAGGGAUAAUAAGGUUGACUCAACCCAGUAAGUUUAUGAUCCUUUUUGGGUGAGGACUCACUGAGUGCACCUCCAUCUCAAAGGACUGCUGCUGGAAAACUCCCUUCCCUCCUUAACUGUCAGCUCUAGGACAAAUGAAACAAAAGUGAGCCAGAGGCACAGAAAGAGAGAGAAAUAGAAGGUCAACAAAGGCUAUUAACACUAUAUGAAAAAAAAAAAAGUAUUUACUAAGUGUUAUAUUUCUCUAAGAAUGAAAGAAGUUUACUUAAGAAACUGUGCGAGCACAUACACACACAAUCCUUUCUAAUCUUUUUUGACACUAAACCGGAGCCAAUAGAAUAGAUAAAAAUGGAAGAGACACAGGGUGUAUAUCUAGAACAAUAAUGCUUUUGCAAAAAUUAAAGUCUUUUUAAGAAAGGCUAGUAGCUGUAGCCCCCGUGAGAAAAGAUGUGUUAAUCACCUCUCGUGAAAAUGGAUGUAAACAGUUGUGUUUCAACUAA